AUACAGUAUCUGCUAAAUAAAUUAGCCUAGAUUACAUACCAUAUAUAUGCAAACUACCUUCAUCCAAUAUAUACAGUACAUCACUCUUGCCUCCUUUACCCAUUUUCCAUUGCUAUAAGUUGUAAUAGUUUGUGCAUCACUUCUCCAUUUCUGAUUGAUCCUCAUCAUCUCCUAGCAAGAGAUCGAGCUAGCUAUAGAGAUGGAAGUGGAUGCUCUACCGAUAUGGUGGUCUGUUUUGUUUAUUGGUGUAUCGAGCUUGGUAAUGAAAUUGCUUAACAAGUUUUGGUUCGAGCCUAGAAGGAUUCGAACAGUGCUUUCGAAACAAGGGAUUAGAGGACCACCGCCCACCUUCCUUUUAGGCAAUGUCUCCGAGAUGCAAAAGAUUCAAUCCGCCCUGAUCAACAACACGCAUGAAGCGUUGGAUAGUCACCGCCAUCUCAACCACAAUUGGCUUCCUUUUGUAUUUCCACAUAUUUAUGAAUGGGCAAAAGAGUACGGUCCUAUAUUCAUGUACUCAACAGGGGUCAACCACCACCUGUAUGUGAGCGAUCCCGAAUUGUUAAUGGAGAUAAAACAAAACAACUCCCUAAAUCUAGGGAAACCUCCAUAUCUGGGUAAACCACUCCAACCCUUGUUAGGUGAUGGCCUUAUUCGCAGUAAUGGUGAAAAAUGGGCUGUACAAAGGAAUCUUCUUGCUCCGGAAUUCUUCCUUGCCAAGGUUAAGGGCAUGGUGGGUGUGAUGGUGGAAUCUACAACAUCAAUGAUCAAUACAUGGGAUUGUCGUAUACUAGAAAGCAAAUCUGGCAUUGUGGACAUGGAAGUCGAUGACGAGUUGAAGACACUAUCUGCAGAUAUCAUAUCAAGAGCAUGUUUCGGCAGUUCUCACUCCUUUGGAAAUCAGAUACUUGAAAAGAUUGCUCAAAUGGUGGACAUUUUGGGGAAACCAAGCUUACUAUAUGGCUUUCUUGAUUUUAGCUGGGUGCUUCCUAACAAGAAGUUAUGGAAUCUAAGGAAAGAAGUGGACUUUAUGUUGCUCAAGUUAGUGAGGGAUCGCCAGGUUAAACGACAAUCAGGUGCCGCAACAGAAAAUGACCUAUUACAAAUGCUACUCGAUAUUGCUUCUACUAACACCACUGACAUUCCUACACGUCGAAGAGAAGCUUUCAUUCUAGACAAUUGCAGAACUAUCUACUUUGCAAGCUCUGUAGCCACUUCUCUUACGGCAUCAUGGACCUUGGUGCUUCUGUCGCAGCACCCCGAAUGGCAGGACCGCAUUCGUGCGGAGAUCGUUGAGGUUUGUGGGGGUCCGGAUAAACUCCAUCAUUGCUUGCGCAACCCGGACGUGUUGCGCAAGUUCAAAGUGCUGACUAUGGUGAUUCAAGAGAGUAUGCGUCUUUAUGCAUCUGCAGUUCUACUUGUAAGAGCUGCCCUGGAGAAUGUGAAGUUGGGCAACCUUGAUGUGCCAAAAGGCACUAUCAUCCAGGUAUGCAGUGCUACAUUACACCGCGACCCUGAAAAUUGGGGUCCGGAUGCUGAUGAGUUUAAGCCGGAGAGGUUUGCAAAUGGGAUAUCUAAUGCGUGCAAGCAUCCCCAAGCUUAUGUGCCAUUUGGUUUUGGGCAUCGAGUGUGCAUUGGACAGACUUUUGCUAUAACACAACUGAAGAUAGAGCUCUCUCUAAUCUUGUCCAAGUUCGCAUUUUCCCUUUCUCCAAACUACCGCCAUGCACCUUCUCACAAAAUGUUACUGAUGCCUAAACAUGGAAUCAGACUCCUUGUUAAGCCUGUGCAAGCAGGCUAGAGAAAUAUGUAGUCAUCCCAGGUUGUCUACAUGUCCUGAAGUGACUAGCUUGGAUUAGAUUUG